AUGGAGCCCUUAGUAUCCAAAGGAGAUUAUAUUAGAUAUUUCAAAAGAUCUUUAUUGCUAGUUUUAGUAUGUGUAAUAGUUCUUGUGUGCACUGAUCAGGACUACUAUAGUUUACUUGGGGUAUCCAGAGAAGCAAGUAGUAGAGAAAUACGACAAGCGUUCAAAAAACUGGCAUUAAAGUUGCACCCUGAUAAAAAUCAGAAUGAUCCAAAUGCACAUGAAAAUUUUUUGAAAAUAAAUAGAGCCUAUGAAGUACUUAAAGAUGAAGAUCUACGGAAGAAGUAUGAUAAAUAUGGAGAGAAAGGUCUUGAAGACCAGCAGCAAGGAGGUCGUUAUGAAAGCUGGCACUUUUAUCGCUAUGAUUUUGGUAUUUAUGAUGAUGAUCCUGAAAUUAUAACAUUGGAUAGAGGAGAAUUUGAUGCUGCUGUUAACUCAGGAGAACUGUGGUUUGUGAAUUUUUAUUCUCCUCGAUGCUCCCACUGCCAUGACUUGGCACCUACGUGGAGGGAGUUUGCUAAGGAGAUGGAUGGAGUAAUACGCAUUGGAGCUGUCAACUGUGGAGAUAAUAGGAUUCUUUGUCGAAUUAAAGGGAUUAACAGUUAUCCCAGCCUGUAUGUUUUCAAAACUGGAAUGCAACCAGUGAAAUAUUUUGGAGACAGGUCAAAAGAGAGCUUAAAGAACUUUGCCAUGCAGUAUGUUACAAGCACAGUCACUGAGUUAUGGGCAGGAAACUUUGUUAAUGCCAUUGAAACUUCAUUUGCUUCUGGCAUUGGUUGGCUGAUCACCUUCUGUGCUGAACAUGGGGAUUGCUUGAGUUACCAAACACGCCUUAAGCUGGCUGGCAUGUUGGAAGGCCUUGUUAAUGUAGGCUGGAUGGACUGUGGCACCCAGGGUGAGCUUUGUGAUAAUUUAGAUAUCUCAUCUAGUACUACAGCAUACUUUCCACCUGGAGCCACCAUAAAUAACAGAGAGAAAGGAGGUGUUUUGUUUCUUAACUCCUUGGAUGCCAGAGAAAUAUAUCAGGAAGUAAUGCAACAUCUGCCAGACUUUGAAUUUAUCUCUGCAACAUCAUUAGAGGAUCAUCUGGCUCAUCACCGAUGGCUGCUUUUCUUCCAGUUUGGGGAAAGCGAUAAAUCAAAUGUACAGGAAUUUAAGAAACUUAAAUUUUUACUUAAAGAUGAGCAUAUUCAGGUUGGCAAGUUUGACUGUCUUUCCUCACCAACUAUCUGCAACAAGCUGUAUGUCUAUCAGCCUUCUUUAGCAGUCUUCAAAGGAAAAGGAACUGGAGAUUAUGAAAUUCAUCAUGGAAAGAAGAUCUUGUAUGACAUUGUUGCAUUUGCCAAAGAAAGUGUCAACUCUCAUGUUAUCACAUUGGGACCUCAGAAUUUUCCUGACAAAGAGAAGGAACCAUGGCUUGUGGAUUUCUUUGCACCAUGGUGUCCUCCGUGUCGAGCUUUGUUACCAGAGCUGAGAAAAGCAUCAAAACAUCUUUAUGGUCAGCUUAAAUUUGGAACACUGGACUGUACUGUCCAUGAAGGGCUUUGCAACAUGCAUAACAUUCGAGCUUAUCCAACAACAGUUGUGUUCAAUCGGUCGGAUGUUCGUGAAUAUGAAGGACAUCACUCUGCUGAGCAGAUCUUGGAGUUUAUAGAGGAUCUUAGGAAUCCAUCGGUGGUCUCCCUAACACCAGAGACAUUUGUUGAAUUAGUUCAGAGAAGAAAACGAGAGGAAAUCUGGUUGGUUGACUUCUACGCUCCAUGGUGUGGACCUUGUCAGGCUUUAAUGCCAGAAUGGAAAAAAAUGGCCAGGAUGUUAAAUGGAUUAAUCAGCGUAGGCAGUGUGGAUUGUCAAAAAUACUAUUCUUUCUGUCACCAAGAAAGUGUUCGAGGAUAUCCUGAAAUAAGACUCUUUCCUCAGAAGUCAAACACAGCUUAUCAAUAUUAUAGCUACAAUGGAUGGCACAGAGAUUCCUAUUCACUGAGAGGCUGGGCAUUGGGAUAUCUACCACAAGUGUCUGUGGACCUGACUCCUCAGAGUUUCACAGAAAAAGUUCUGCAUGGAAAAGACCAUUGGGUCAUUGAUUUUUAUGCUCCUUGGUGUGGACCUUGCCAAAAUUUUGCUCCUGAAUUUGAGAUCCUUGCAAGGGCUGUUAAAGGAAAAGUAAAAGCUGGAAAAAUAGACUGUCAGGCGUUUGCUCAGACUUGUCAGACUGCUGAUAUCAGAGCCUACCCUACUGUUAAGUUUUACCUCUACCAAGGAGCAAAGAAAAACGUUCUUGGUGAAUAUAUAGACAGCAGAGAUGCAAAAAGCAUUGCUGACACGUUGAAUGAAAAAUUAGAAGCAAUUCAAAAUAAAGGAAGAAGAAAAAAAUCUAGAGAUAAGGAUGAACUCUAAGUGGUACCAGAGGUAGA